UGAACUCGUAUAUCGAGGUUCGUUCAAGCACAACCGCACAAAAUCAAAAAUUUGAAGAGCCAUCCGGUGCUGCUUCCGAUAGUGUAGAAAAAGAAGAUAUAUUCAGUGCUUUCGCCAGUCACAACAAAAAGGACCAAUUCGUGGAGCCACAGUUCGAAGACUCGCUAUCAGCUGGUGUGGCUGCUGUUGAUGUGACUGCGGCUGUUGCUACUCCUGAUCCCGCACCAGUUGCGACCCCGCCGCCAGUUGUACCCCAAAAGCGGUUACUCCAAAAGCGGUUACUCCAAAAGCGGUGACCCCGGUGAGACAACCAUCGGAGGAAAUGCCGAAACCGGUAAAAGCUUCUUGCAGUAAACCUGCUGACCAGUGUAUACAGGCGGAGAAAUUAUUCAAGCAGUUUGGUUUGGAUGCUUGGUUCAAGCCGGAGAAAUUGCACCCGAAAGUGGAAUCCCUGAUCUACUGGUGCGAUGUUAAGAAAUCAGCAAUCGUGUUCGGCAGUGGCCUAACAAUCUUACUCACCAUGUCGCUAAUUUCCGUUGUCUCGUACGUUUCGCUGUUGGUCCUGUUCGGAACCGUUUCGUUCCGAAUUUACAAGAACGUGCUUCAGGCCGUACAAAAGACCUCCGAAGGACACCCGUUCAAAGAAUACCUGGAAUUUGAUUUGACCCUAUCGCAGGAGAAAGUACAGCAGCUGACCACGGUUGCGGUAGCGCAUGCCAACGCUCUGCUGUCGGAGUUACGCCGUCUGUUCCUGGUGGAAGAUGUAAUCGAUUCUAUCAAGUUUGGCGUUGUCCUUUACUGCUUAGCCUAUAUCGGUGCCAUUUUCAACGGAAUGACGUGUGUCAUCAUUGUAUUCGUUGCACUAUUCACCUUGCCAAAGAUCUACGAAAAUAACAAGCAGUCGAUUGACGCUUACUUGGAACUGGUCAGAAGCAAAAUUCUGGAAAUCAUCGAAAAAUUAAUUACAUUCUUUGAUUUGUCUUUAAGACUCAGCAUCACUAGUACAAUUCAAUUGUUUUUCAAUGAUUUGCAUUUUUGGCUUAGGGCAAAAAUGCCGAUCAGACCGGAUCUACACCAAAAAUGUACUAUAAGGAAACUAUGAGGAAACAAUCGCAAGUCAGUUCUAAAUUCUAUGGGAAUCCCUAUUCACAUCGGAUUGACUGCCGAUUAUAGGCAGUACAUAUAUCACUAAUAAAACAAGGGGCCUAUUCUCACAGUCACGUCACGUGGUGACUAUAACAAAAUUUCAUUCUAGUCACCAGGUGACGUGACUUUGAGAAUAGAGCCCCAAAAGUACGAUGGAUUUGUAUGAAGUAGAUCCUGCCAGUGGAUUAAUGAAUAGAUUAGUACUCCAAAACUUCGUAUAACAGGUCAUCAGGUAACGAAAGGGAACAGUGUACGCUCCUAGUAUCUUCAUACGGGUUAAAGUUAUAUACAUAUUUAUAUUGAUUCUAUGUUAUAUGCUAACACAUAACUCACUCCAAAUAUAGAUAGCUGAGUAAAACAAUAGCAUCAGCGAGGACAUAAUCCGCCAGUCAAAAACAUUAACGUCGUUUCUAGAAAUUCGAUCACUUCGUAGUGGCCACCUCUUCCACUAUGCAUACCAAAAAAAAAGGUUUGUUUAUGUACUGGGCACCAUACUU